AUGCCUCGCUACUGCCUCUUCGGAGACACUGUUAACACUUCAUCUCGAAUGGAGAGCAAUGGAAGAGCUGGUCACAUUCAUCUAUCAAAAGAAGCGCACGACUUGCUCGUGAAAGAAUACCAAGCCGAUUAUGAAACCCAACCGAGAGGAGAAGUCAUUAUAAAGGGAAAAGGAGUGAUGGAAACCUUCUGGCUGACUGGUCGUCGUGGUGCGUUCACAACUGCUCCUUCCGAGGAUGAGCGUGUAGAAAAGAGGGCCGAACAAGGUAACGAGCAACAUAUCAACAAACAAGGAAGUGAAGAGACGGUCGACGAGAUCCCACCGCUAGACCUAAAUAGCGAUUCGAUAGAAGCUAUUCCCGUAGAUCCUGUGCACAACAUUACAUAA